AUGCAUUUCAAACCAGCGGCAUGGCACAUUUUUUUAUUGAGCACCUUGGCAUUACUACUACCACUGGCAAAUGCAGAGCCUCGUACAGUUCUACCUGCCAACUUUUAUUUAGGUGAUUGCAUAUCCCAGCGUAUUGUCUUUGACAAGCAACGCUUACUUGAGCUUAACGGGGCCGACUCAAAAAGGUUCAAGGCAGACAGAACAAAGUAUGAUCUUACAAUGGAUUAUGGCUCAAUUGAUUUUGUGGGAACUACUGCCCAUUUCAACUUGGUAAAGGCUGAUCGGUUUGAAACGGACAUUUCUAUGGGUGCUCGAAUAUCUACCACUCGAUACAUGCUACAUGGAAAAAUUACCGCAAGGAUGAAACCAGCAGUUGAUCCUGGCGUGGUGUCCACUCUUAUUACUUGGUCGGAUUUUCAAAAUGAGAUUCCAAAUAGCAAAGAAUCAACGCAGGAUGAAAUUGAUUGGGAAGUGGUUGGAAAACAUCCAGAACAUCCGGAAUACAAUGUAUUCACAGGUAAAUCCAGCAAUAUGGAGCGUGGUGCACAUGGUGGAGCAGUAUCUGGGACUAUUACCGUAAACGAGUUUCACGACUUUACCAUUGACUGGAGAUCCGAUCGAAUCGAGUGGGGUGUAGACGGGAAUGUAAUGAAAACGUUGAUUAAAACACAGUCAUUUGCUGCACUUCCUGGAAGCUUAAAGCCUGGCGAAUUCUGGUAUCCAGAAACUCCCUCUCGAGUUCAAGUCUCUGUGUGGGAUGGAAGCAUGGGAGACCAAAGAAGAUGGGCGGGAGGACCAAUCCCUUGGGGAAAUCGGCAAAAGAUCACUGUUCCAUACGAGUGGAUUGAAAUUCAAUGUUAUGACGAUAAGGAUCGACCUGUGACUCGAUGGGCAGCUGAUGGAUCUGGCCCAACAGCCGAAAACUCCACCACUCAAAGUCGAUUUUCACGAUUCGCAAGCAAAGCCAAUAGUCAAACCGCCGCAUUGACAAAAUCCAAUUUCUAUUCCAUAUGUUGGAUCAUGUCGCUCGCUAUUAUCAUCCCAGCUUUGUCUAUAUUCCAUCUUUAA